UAGCUAACAAUCUAAGUCUGCAAUUUUAUCAGAACAUACCUGGCCCAACUCCUCCUGCUUCCGACGGGCGUAUUAUAAUUUUCGGUGGUGAUGGUAAUAACGGUAAUAACGGAAUAAUUUACGGCGAUCUAUGGAUUUUAGAUAUUGCAACAUAUCGAUGGUCAAUUGGAAACAUUUUAAAUCCCAUUUUUGAUCUAACUCUUUAUGCGCAUACCGCAACAUUAGUGGAUAAUUACAUGUUUGUUGCUUUUGUUAUGCUAAAUAUUAGUCAAAAGGAUUCCUAUAAAUGGGUUACUGAAUUUACUCCAAAUAUUAACGUUAAGACCACUACAACUACUACCAUUCCAAGUAAUUCGUUUCCAAGCAAUACAAACAUCUCAGACCCUAAAAACACAGGCUUAGUUAUUGGAGCCAUUGUUGGCA